CUCUAUCCAUCGACACACCGGGGAUGGUCACCCAGGAAAAAAUGACUCGUGAACGCAGUAGCAAAAGCUAUAAUGCCUCCUCAGGUCCCCUUUGAAAUUUUUUUUUCCCCCUGGUGUGUGAUUCCAAGUCGUCUGACUUCGCCUGGACCAACCCACAAGGCAAUUGUCAAACAGCAACGAAAGUCCAUAUAUGCCAAGUCCGCGAAAACGUCAAAAGAUGGCUCCAGCAUCCUCCCGCAAACGAGCGGUCCGUAUCGCCGGUUGUUCCGGCGGUUUUACCGACAGACACCUGGCUUUGACUCGCAUGGCGAGUGAUCCUGAUGUCGACGCUGUGUGCGGAGAUUGGCUGGCCGAGAUGACCAUGGUCAUGCACGGCUCGGGCAAGCAGAGAAAUCUUGCCAAUGGUUCCAAGGUGCAACUGAGCCUGGAAGAGCGCAUGAAGACGGCCAUGUACGCCGAGACGUUUUUGCAGUGUUUCGAACCGUGCAUUGAGCAGCUUGUCAAGAACGGUACCAAGAUGGCCGUGAACGCCGGAGCGAGCGAUACGGAGCUGCUCGCUGAGGUCGUGGUGGACCUCUUGAAGAAGAAGGGUGCAGGUCACCUAAAAGUGUCGUGGAUUUCGGGUGACGAAGUGACACCCCAGGUGCGAAAUCUGAUCAAGCAAGGAGAGAAGUUCGAGAGCCUGCAGAAGAACAUGAAACUGGAAGAGCUUGGCCUUGAGCCCAUCUGUGGUCAGGCAUAUUUAGGAGGGCUCUGCAUUGCGGAAGCGUUGAGGGAUGGCGCAGAUAUCGUGCUUUGUGGAAGAGUCGCCGAUGCGGCCCCCAUCAUUGGUGUAGCCGCUUGGUGGCAUGAGUGGCGGAACGACCAGUUCGACGAGCUUGCUGCCGCUCUGGUCGCAGGACAUCUCAUCGAGUGCGGAUCCUACGUCACAGGCGGUUUCUACUCAGAGUUCAAGAAGCUGAUCAAGACCGGCAAGCACGUGAACAUGGGAUUCCCCAUCGCAGAAAUCGAGGCGGACGGUGUCUUCAACAUCGUGAAGGAAAAGAACACGGGUGGUUGUGUAACCGUGGGAUCAUGCGCGUCGCAGCUGCUAUACGAGAUUCAAGGCCCACUGUACUACAAUUGUGACGUAGUUGCUGACCUCUCGGGCAUCAAGAUGGAGCAGGUCGGUGAAGAAUGCGUUCGCGUGACGGGGGUCAAGGGCCUACCGCCUCCACCGACGACGAAAGUAGGUAUCACGCUCCCGGGCGGGUUCCAAGCGGAAUGGCACAUAUGGCUGUGCGGGCUUGACAUUGAGGAGAAGUGCAAAAUUACGGAAGAUCAGAUUCGGUACGCGAUGGGUGAUGAGAUCUCCAAGUUUACAAAGCUUAGAUUCCACCGGAUGGGCGCGUCCAUGAUCGACGCUCCCAACCAAGACGAGGCCACAGUGGACUUCCGCAUAUUCGCUCAGUCUCGGGACCCCGAAGUCCUGAGACCCGACGUACCUAAUGGCUUUAACAGAUGGGUGCUGGAGACGUUCUUGCAAAGUGCGCCUGGUGCUUCUCUGAGCAACGAUCUUCGACAGAUCGCACCCAAGCCCUUCUAUGAAUACUGGGUGUCUCUUCUGCCGCAGAGCGAGCUUCAUGUUACCGUGCACAACCUGUUUGGUGACCAUACCGUUCGAGAACUGCCUCCUCCCGCCAUCACCAGGGAGUACCCCAAGCAACAGCAGUCGUACGAGACGGCAAAUCCCGUUCCUCUGGAGACUUUUGGCGAGACUGUCAGAGCACCUUUGGGUUACAUUGUUGCUGGCCGGAGCGGAGAUAAGGCGAGUGACUGCAACGUUGGCUUCUUCGUCCGUCAUGCCGACGAAUGGGACUGGCUGCGAAGCUUUAUGACCAUCGACCGCAUCAAGCAACUUCUGGGUCCGCAAGAAUAUCUUGGCAACCCCAUCGACAGAUUUGAAAUGCCCGGGAUUCUCUCGGUGCAUUUCCUGCUACACGAUCACCUUGAGGGCGGCUACAGCACCAUUUCCAAGUUUGACACGCUCGGAAAGAACGCUGUGGAAUAUUUGAGAGCGAAGACUGUCGAUCUGCCCAAGAAGUUUCUGGACAGGGGGAGAAUAUGAUAGGCUCAAGAGACAAAUUCACCCUUCCGAGGUCAGUCGCACAUGUACCUAUUAAAAUUAAAAAA